AUGGACGCAGAGUCAGAGGACAAAAGCACAACAUCCAUCAUCAAGCAGUACGCUUCCAUGGAAAGGCCUGAGGAGAAGCAGUCUUCCCCACAGCCCCAAGCGUAUCCUGUGAACGAGGUUUCAAACCAGGCCCCAAGCGUACAACCACGGGAGGCUGCCAAAGACCGGGAUAGGAUCCAGAAGAAACUCUACUUGUUGCAUGCGGCCACGGGCCACUGCAGCACGAAACAUAUGAUAGCAGCCUUGAAGAAGCGGGGAGCUCCCGAGGAGGUUCUCAGACAAGCCGAACAGUUCAAGUGUUCUAUCUGUGCUGAGCGUCAGAAAGUGACAUCACGCCACAUGGCAUCGCUGGAACCGCUCCCACCCAAAUGGGCAACUGUGUCAGCUGAUGUAGGCCACUUCCAGCAUCCUCACAGUAGGGAACAUGUGCAGUUCUUGUUGAUCUUAGAUGAAGGUUCCCGUUUCCGGAUGGCCCGAAUCCUCACCCAUGGAGCGAAACAAACUCCCAGUGCCAUGUCCUGCAUUAGGUACUUUCAGGAGGGUUGGACCCAGGUUUUCGGACACCCUCGCACCCUCCGGCUGGACCCCGCAGGUCCCUUCCGAAGCCAGAUGCUCGAAACCUAUUGUGACCAACAUGGGAUCUUUUUGGACAUUGUGCCAGGGGAGGCUCAUUGGAAGAUUGGGGCUUGCGAGAGUGCUAUCAAGGGAAUUAAGGAGGUGAUGUCUAAGUUAUGUGAGUUUGAUCAGGACAUCAGCCUUGAAGAGGCUUUGUCAACGGCCAUCAGGACUUUCAAUCAGAGGGAUUUGGUUAGAGGGUUCAGUCCAGUUCAGCACGCACUAGGCCGGAGUCCCGAUGAAUCUGGAAGGGUGAUCGACGCUGUACAAGAACUGCCACCCGAGCUGUUGAUUGAGAAUGUAUCAGGCGAGUUUGAGCGCUCGGCUCAACUACGAGCCGAGGCCGAGCGAGCUCAUGCGAGCUGGCAGGCCCAGCAGCGCCUCAAUCGAGCUGCUAACUCCAGGCAUAAGCCCAUUCUGGAUUUCGAGCCAGGGGAACUGGUUUUCUUUUGGCGUACUCAGGAGUCAGGACAGUCCAAGAAAUCACCCAGCUCGAAGAAGGGACGGUUCUUAGGACCCGCCAGGAUACUGGCGGUGGAGUCAAGCCGGGAAGCCGAUGGAACCUUGAAACCCGGUUCUUCUGUGUGGCUCGUUCGAGGCCGGAGUUUGCUGAAGUGCUGCCCUGAGCAGCUCAGACGAGCCUCUCCUCGAGAGGAGCUGCUUGAAUCGCUGAUGGAGAGGGAUGUCACACCUUGGACGUUCACUAAGGUGGCUGAGGAGAUCGGCGGAAAUCAGUUUAGGGACAUUUCAGAUGAGGUUCCUCCAGCAGAGGAAUGGCACAGGGCACAGGACCCUGAACAGGAGCUACAGCCACGACGAGUGCGGCUCACUAGGAAGCGACCGGGACCAGCCCCGGUUACCGAGGAUGUGGAUAUGGACGAAAGCCACCACGAGCCCGCCGCGAGCUCCCAAGGACCGCCUAGUCGUCCCCGCCUUAGCCCACCGUCAGCAGUGGGAACCGAGAGCUUUGCAGAAGCUCCCCCUUGGUGGGAGAAGGUGCCAGAGGCAGCUUGGGUGACGCAGGAAGAAACUUACUGGACAGACGAAGCCGCAGCAGUAGCGGUGGAGCUAGACAUGCCCACCAGCAAGCGAGGAACACAGCAGCUGCUGCACAACAUGACGGGCUACUUUGCCGGCGCGAUCCGCCGGCGUGCAGUGGAGAUCAGUGAACGAAGACUGGAGCCAGGCGAGAGAGAGCAGUUCAGAGAAGCGAAAGGAAUCGAGGUCCGCAACUUUUUAGCAGCCAAAGCCUUUGAGGUGCUCCCGGAGCACCUCAAACCAUCCCGAGAAUGUGCUAUCGGCAUGAGGUGGAUUCUCACCUGGAAGGUGAAAGAUACUGGAGAGCGGAAGGCAAAGGCAAGAGCAGUGCUUCUUGGCUUCCAAGACCCCAACUACGAGUUUAGAGGAACUACAGCUCCCGUAAUGACUCGUCAGACGCGUCAGAUGCAAUUACAGAUUACAGCACAGAGACACUGGAAAAUCCAGAAGGGGGAUGUGUCUGGAGCUUUCCUUCAAGGAAGGGAAUAUCCGGACAAACUGUAUUGCAUUCCCUGCCCAGAGAUCUGCGAGGCUAUGGGCAUUGAGGCAGGAAGCGUGACGCGCUUGCGGCGCGCGUGCUACGGACUAGUGGACGCACCAUUGGAAUGGUACAGGACGGUUACAGAGUUUCUAGAAAGCUUAGGCCUUCAGCGACUGUGGUCAGACCCAUGUGCAUGGGUGUGGCGUCCCCAAGGCGAGUUGCGAGGGAUGAUAUCUGGCCAUGUGGACGACUUCCUGUUCAGUGGAGCCGAAGACGACAAAGAAUGGCAGGAGAUUCUGCAGGCCAUUCGCACUCGCUUCAAAUGGGGCGACUGGGAGGACAACACCUUUGUACAAUGUGGAGUGCAGGUGACCAGAGUCACCGAGGGUUUUGAGUUGUCGCAGCCCCACUACUUGGAGGGCCUACACGAAAUCAGCCUAAGUUCCAGCCGUCGCAAGGACAAGACCGCGGAGCUGACCGAGAGGGAGAAAUCCCAAGGCCGGACACUCCUAGGUGGGCUAAGCUGGCAUGCCCAGCAAGUGGCUCCUCACGUUUCGGCGGAAGUAGGGUUGUUACUUUCAGAGCUAAGCAAGGGAACAGUCAACACGCUGUUGCGCGCCAACCUUCUCCUCUACCACACGAAGGCCAGAGGGGAACAUAAGAUGAAGAUCCACGGCUACACUCCUCAGGAGCGCCUAGCCCUAUAUGCUUGGGUUGAUGCCUCCGACGGCAAUCGGCCCGAUGGAGGUAGCACUCAGGGAAUCUUCGUGGGCCUAGGGCCUGAAGCCAUGUUUCGAGGAGACAUGGGAGCUGUGACUCCCGUGAGUUGGCACAGUACUAAAAUUGAUCGCAUGUGCCGAAGUCCCGGUGCCGCAGAAGUUCAAGCAGCCAUCAACGGGGAGGACCUACUGUACUACGCUAGGUAUCAGUGGGGGGAAAUCCUUUAUGGUGAGGUCGAUGUCCGAGCUCCCGAUGCUACCGUGCAACGUGUACGAGGAGGCAUUAUUACAGACUCAAGGAAUGUGUUUGACAAACUGCAAACAGAAGUGUUGAUGAUCCGUGGUGCCGAGAAGAAGUCGAACAUUGAGUUGUUAGGACUUAAAGAAGCACAAAUCCGCACAGGGGUGGAGAUUCGCUGGGUGCAUUCAGAAGCCCAACUCGCCAACGCCCUCACCAAGGCCGGUACAAACAGAGAACUGGAGCUGUAUUACAGGAUGCAGCACAACUGGAAGAUAGUCGAGGACCCGGCUAUGAGAUCCGCACGACGUCGUAAAACACAGGGCAUAGAACCACUUGACAACGAGGGAAGUGCAAUCACUCAGGAAGGGAGUAAUCCGAAAGCUUUUUAG